CUUCAUGAAAAGUGACGUAUUUCGUCUCAUAAAAUAACAAGAAGGAUGAUGAUCAAAACGUCUCCGUCAUGAGCGAUAAUAUGAAAUAAGAUAGCCGUAUCAUCUUCGGAUACAGAGCUCCAUUUAGGAACGAAAACAUUUCGUAUUGUUUCCAUUACAAGAGAGCUGGAAUACAAGAGUUAUUAACUGUAAUCCUGAAUGGCGUUAACAUGUAGAAUGAAAUGUAGAAACCGAAAGAUAAUUACUUUCUAUCAUUCAGGUAACAGUUAAACUUCAAAAAUACAUAUCGGGUCUCUUGUUUGAAUUGAAGUAACGCCGGGAAUUAAAGAGUCAGUUAUUCCAAUGUUAAUUAUAUAUUUUUUUUAAAUGGAAACUUUUAUUCUGAUGUGCGUGCUUUCUUUUCUAUUGUUCUUAAAUAUUGUAUCACAUGCCACAGACUUCAACAACUGCAGCCCAGGUUUGUGUUCUGAUCCUCCUGCAUAUGACGUACCUGAACGUUGUUCUUGUCGCCCGGACUGCUACCUCUACAAUGAAUGCUGUUCUGACAAGAUUAAUAAAACCACUUCUGAUCACAAACAACCCUAUCCAUCAAUAUAUUACAGUUGUAGAAAGCUUAGUGAUUCAUAUUAUUAUCAGUUUGAUCGUUGUCCACCUAACCAUGAUAUUACAGAGUAUGUGAACAAGUGUGAAAAUCCUGACUCAGAUGACCAACUACAAAAUAUACCCGCUUUUGGUAAAACUAGUAAAAUAUUAUUUAGGAACCUAUAUUGUUCUUUGUGUCAUGGAGAGGAAUUCAUUCUUUGGAAUCUUUUAUAUGAAUGCAACUUCAUCCUUUCUCCAAGCAUUGAAAAUAUAUCAAAUUAUGUCAAGGAUGGAAUAUGUACACCAACUCUGAAGCUUCCUUCAGAAGAUUUAGAGAAAUAUUUGUAUUCCUGUAUUCCAUAUAUUUCGAAUUGUCCUCAAGAUAACAAUAGUACGGAACAAAGAAUCGCAUGUGAAUCCGAGGCCAUGGCAUUAAUAUAUUUAGAUGAGGAAAAAUAUUUCAUACAUACUAAAUAUAAAGAUUAUUACUUUUACAAAAACAGAGGUUGUGCCACAUGCAACGGUGUUUUUGAAGUACCGUGUAAAUUAUUUUAUUUUGAAAUGCUCGCAAGUCAUGUUAUUCCACCAUUAACGAUCCUCUUCAAUUAUCAUACAAAAUCCAUAACGAUAACGGGUGAACACAUCGGAACGGAACAUACGCUUCUGCAGUUACCAUCGUGUCCAAAACACGCAGUCUACGAUAUGAAUACUAAGGAAUGUCGACAAGUUAUCUACAAUCUUCAACUAAACUGUACGAUAACAAGAUUAAAUGAAUCUGAAUAUCAUAUUACAAGCGAUGGUCUCCUGUAUAUAAAUAAAACUCAACGUUUUCUUAACCAAUCAGAAUUCACACGUGAUUCUCAAGCUAUAAUAAGUAUCUGUGUAAACAAUGGUACCAAUAAUAUAUCAAAUAUCAACGGUAUAUCAAAAUACUCCAUUGUUGAGGGCUAUAUCACUUUAGUGGGACUAGUAAUCUCUAUUCCAGCUCUAGCAAUCACUAUUAUAGUCUAUCUCUGUAUACCUGAUCUCCGUACCUUACCAGGUAAAUUACUCAUUAGUCUUUUAUCAGCAUUGUUUGCAGCUGAGCUUCUCUUUCUUAUCUCAUCACAAGCCACUACAUCUACAGCUCUGUGUACAUCUUUAGCUAUAGUGAUACAUUAUUCGUUUCUAGCGACUUUCUUCUGGAUGAAUGUCAUGUCAUUUGAUGCGUGGUACACUUUUUCGGGAUUCACACAGCUUCGGAGUAAAGGAAAAGGUACCAAGAGACUUGUAUUAUAUUCUUUGUAUGGUUGGAUCUGUCCACUUGUAAUAGUAACAGUAUCACUGAUAUUUGAGUAUAUUCCUGGAAAUCAUGGACUUUCCCCAGAAUAUGGAAAUGGUAUUUGCUGGAUUAAAAAUGGAAAAGGUCUACUGUGGCUCUUUGCAAUCCCUGUAAUGAUUAUUUUAUGUCUUAAUUUCGUAGCAUUUAUCCUCACCACUAGAGGGCUUUAUAUGGCCAGCAAAUUAUCUUCAAAAUAUUUAUCGAAACAUAGCAGAAAUGAAUUUUUUAUUUGCCUAAAACUAUAUCUUGUUAUGGGACUAACAUGGACAUUCGCAUUUCUGUAUACGUUUACAAGAAUUGAAGAAUUUUCUCUAUUAUUUUGUAUUUUAAAUUCUUUUGUUGGAUUAUUUAUUUGUGUAUCGUUUCUAUCAACAAAAAUUGUUCAUCGCAGUAUUCUUCGUAAUUUGCACAAAAUUGCAAGAUUGCCUACAAAAGAAUUUACUGAUGUUUCUUCUGCUCCUAAGACAAUAUCAACGGAUGUAUCAGCUGAAAGGUCAGUUAACUAAAAUCUCAGAUGCCCUGAUGGAGAAAAAAAACCCACAUGGAGGAUAUAGAGGUUCUCCCUCAUAUCCAUUAGUGCUGAUAGAAAUAACAACGAAAUUUUCAUGAAGUAAUACCUUCGUAAAGAGAAGGAAAUACGAUUUUAAAUAAACCAUUGCUUGAAAAGAGGUCGGGAUGAUCAACGUUGGAAUACUUGUGACUGUGGAUCCCGCUCAUCGCGCUGAACUGUUGCUAAACGUUAACAACAGUAGCAAUCGACUUUAAAAAUCCUUAGUGCGAACAGCAUUUAAUGAUAUUUCUUUUGCUCCGGUACCAAUGUCUUUUCACGUAUGCCAUACAUUUUUCAAAUGGACAAAAAUCAAGAGUAUAUUUCUCUCAGGAACAUUCAGAUAUCCUCUCUCAGUCCAACUGGUCAUUGAAGUAUUUUGAUUUUCAUGUUGAUGUUUAAAUGUUCAACAAUCUCAACUGUUUCUGCAAGAUACUUAUUGUUCGUCACUUAGCUGUGAUUGUUAUGUCAAGCAAGUUAGCUACAUCAUUUUCCCACUGACCCUGUAUUGAAGGAAACAUGGAAUGUUAUGAUGACAUG